CAGUUAUCAAGUGACCACUGACACGAGCGGACGCAUUAUCAAUGACGCUCCUUAUAUAUUUAAUUAGUGUAUUUUUAUUUGUGAAUGUCAAAACUAAUUGGGUGGCUGAUUAUGGACCGUUUAAAACUUUACUAUACUCCGAUUGGAUCACAUGCGAUCACAAUAAGAGCUUGGAUUUAAGUGUCAACGAAACACUUGUUUACUUUUAUGAUUUUCAAAAUAACUUCAAUCUCAGUUACACAAUCGAAGGAGCUAUUGAAGCAUUUACUCAAGUUUAUAAUUUAGACGUUUCAAGACGCGUUAUAUUAUUCGUACCUGGGUAUAAAUCUCACGUAUAUAAAAGUGCUUCCGAAAUAAUCAGGAAUGCCUUCAAAGAUGUUCAGAAUAUAUACUUAAUGAUAAUAGACCAUUCAGCGUACACGUCUGCUAAUGGAGGAAAAUUGAAAAGCUACGAACGUUCCGUUCACUAUUCAUACUACCUGGGUGAGGCUGUUGGGGAUCUUCUUGUAAAAUUGAGAAUUUAUGGAUUUACAUCGCAAAAUAUGCACUGCAUCGGGCACAGCUUGGGAAGCCAAAUUCUUGGCUAUGCUGGUUCGAGUUACUUGAACAGAACAGCGGAAAAAGUUUGGAGAAUAACCGGGAUAGACCCAGCAGGGCCUUGCUUUUCAAAUACAUUCAUUCAAGAGCAAUUAAGGUCAGGAGUUGCUGAAUAUGUGGAAGUAUAUCACUGUAACGCUGGUGGCUUGGGUACGACGAGUGUCCUAGCUGACAUAGAUUUCUUCGUGAACGAUGGCAAAAUUCAGCCGAAUUGCGAUGCUGGCUUCCUUUCGAGUCUCGGCGAUUCUGAUGCAAAGUGUAGCCACAAAUCAUGUAUGCGAUAUUGGGCUGAGACAGUUAAUCAUCCUGCAUGGUAUUUGGCGUGGAAAUGUGAUUCAUAUAAGGAAUUCUCUCAUGGGAGAUGCGCUGCUAACGAAGUGACGAUAGCCGGUUACUCGAACCCAGGAAAUGCAACUGGUGUUUUCUAUCUCUCUACGGAGGCUUAUAAAAUAGAUUAGACUUAUGUAUAUCUAUAGAUGGAUAAUUAUUUAUAGUGCAGUGAUAGUUCUUGAUACUUUUGUUAUUAUCACGUAAGGUAACCGUAGUCUGUUUCAGAAUCGACGUGAUUAUUUAUGAUAUAUGUAAUUUUCAUAGUAAAAUCAAUAAUUCCUUGCAUUAAUAGUUAGUGACUGUUUUUUUCUAUGUCAUAACAAUAACGUUGUUUUACUUAAUAUAUAACGUGGUCUCUUUAAUGGGUUACAUAAUGUGAUCAUUAUUUCAUGCUACCCGAUUGUUAGCUUUAAAUAACUGUAUACAAAUACAAUUUUGAGAAGU